AUGAGCUUGGCGGGCAUGGCUACCGGACAGCGGUCCUCCACCUCCGCGACCCCAGGCUCCCGGGGCGCGUCGCGUCCGCGCCAGCGCUACUCCACUAUGCUCCAGCACUCUGGGCCGCAGGGUGCGCAGCUCGGACUCAGCGAUGCGCAGAAGCGGGUCCUGGAUUUGGAAAAGAGUCUGCAGUUCCUGCAACAACAGCACUCAGAGACGCUGGUCAAGCUCCACGAGGAGAUCGAGCACCUCAAACGGGAAAACAAGGAUCUCCAAUACAAGCUAAUAAUGAAUCAGAAGCCACAGAAGAAAGGCAGCACCUCCAAUUCCAGCUUUCAGUCCAUCAAGUCCAUUUCAAAUUCAUCAGUGUCAGCCAACUCUCAAGGCAAGGCCAGGUCCCAGCCAAGCCUCUCCAAGAAGCAAGACUUGAAAGCCAGUGUUUCCCACAAGAUGGGCCCAGAUGAGGAGCCACCGGUUGCUGCCUUGCUUCACAAGCUGGACAAAGUCCCCGGGCCCCAGGGGACGUCCAAAGACGACGAAGUGGAGAUCUCUAACCCAGCAGCAACCUUGGCAGCGGGCAGCCAGCACAAGGGCAAGCAGGCAAUGGGGGCACCGCCCUGGAUGAGCUUGCCCCCAACCAUGCGCAAGCCCACCACGCUUCAACAGUGUGAGGUGAUCAUCCGCCAGCUGUGGAACGCCAACCUCUUGCAGGCCCAAGAGCUGCAGCACCUAAAGUCCCUUCUGGAAGGGAACCAGCGGCUCAAGGCUGCCCCUGAGGAGGCUGGGCUGAGUUCUCCCAAGGACCAGGAGGCCCUUCAUCCAGGGACCACGCAGUUCCCCAAGGUCCCCACCAAGGGCGUCUCUAAGAAAUGCCUGAUUCUGAGCCCAACACCCAUGGUGGAGCGUGCCAUCCUGCCUGCACUGAAACAGACUCUGAAGAGUAACUUUGCAGAGCGGCAGAAAAGACUACAGGUCGUGCAGAGCAGGCGACUGCACCGCUCCAUGCUCUGA